AUGAAGUGGAAUUCUUCUCUAACGUUUGGUGCUGCCGUCUUGGCCUCUUGCGCUGUCGCGCAAGAUGCUCCGACAAACGAUCGUCAACCCACUGUAAGCGCGCCAUAUGAGAAUCCAUGGAAGGCACUGUCCGAGGAAGAAGCUGCUAGUGUCAAUGAGCUUCUGCAAGAGAGAAUGGCCUUGACUGGCAACAACGGAUCCAGCCAUGAUAGCUAUGUAGUACAGCUUGCCCUUCUCCAUCCCAACAAGACCGAUACUCUACCCUACCUCGACAGUAAUGCCACUGCACCAAAGCGUUAUGCGCGAGCGACUGUUCAAAGUGGUACCACCAACUCAACGGAAAAACACUGGCAAGAGUACAUGAUAGGGCCGCUGCCAGCGACGAAUGCCACCCCAGUCGAGCCAUUGACUUUUCCAUUCCAAAACUCUCAGCCAGGACGGACACCAAUGCAUCCUAUGUACUCACCUAAUGAAGCAACAAAUUUCUUCACGAGGUUCGCCACAGAGACUGAGGAUAUCUCAAUGCAACUGUUCAAUACUACUUUCCUUACUGGUCGUAUUGGUCUCAGAUUCGGAAGUCCCUUCUGGGAUGAAGAAGGUCGAACGAUCUCCUGGGCGGGAGCCUUCACGGAUCCGGGCACCAAUCUCAGCAGUGUUACAGUAGAGCCACUCGGUUUUGCUGUAAAAUUUGAUCUGACGGGACAAAAUUCGGACGAAUGGAAAGCUGUUGGCUGGUACUCGUAUGGAGAGUUCUACGACAGUACGGAAGAGUUCCGUGCCGCAAUCAGCCACCCCGAUUACCAGAAACCACCACCGAAUGUACUCGGUAACUGGACAUCUACGGACAAGCAGGGAACGCCAAUGGAACUGGACGACCAACCACCGCCGGCAUCUAUCGCCCAGGGAGACCAGCGAUUCAAAAUUGAUGCUAAAGAGGGAUACAUAUCUUGGAUGGACUUCACCUUCUACCAUGCUGUCUCCCAGGAUCUCGGCCUUUCGCUGUUCGAUAUCAAAUUCAAAGGCAGGCGAAUCAUUUACGAGUUGUCCCUGCAGGAAGCUCUGACAUCCUACUCCGGCACUGACCCUUUCCAAUCGCAAGCGACGUUUUUCGAUACUACGAGUGGUAUGGGCUCGACACUACAGCCACUUGUCAAGGGAUACGACUGCCCCAGCCAUGCUACAUACUUACCUGCAACAUGGACAGAGGGUGAUACAAUCAAGACCCAAAAGGACGCUAUAUGCAUAUUUGAGUUUGAUGCGGGCUACCCAAUCCGCCGCCACUCCUUCUCACCAUCCGCACCACACACCAGCGUAGCAAAGAACAUCCAGUUUACCAUGCGUACGGUAGCCACAGUAGGCAACUACGACUUCUUGAUCGACUACAGCUUCUUCUACGAUGGAGGCAUCGAAGUAUCCUCUCGCUUCUCUGGAUAUAUCGCCGCUGCCUAUUGGGAAGAUCAACCGGAGUACGGCUUCCAUAUCCAUGACUUUCUCUCAGGCAGCUCGCACGACCAUACUCUCACUUUCAAGGUGGACUUGGAUAUCAACGGAAGAAAGAACAGUGUGCAGAAACUCAAGUUUGUGCCCACGUCUACAACAUAUCCUUGGAGUCAAGGCCGCGUAUACAACACUUUCAAAGCCGAGCGAUCCUGGGUAGACAAUGAGAGAGACUCCAUGAUCAACUGGGAGGAGAACGACAACGCAUUGUACGCUGUUGUGAACAGGGAUACACCGAACCCAUACGGCGAGUACCCAGGUUACAGAAUCAAGAGAUCUGCUGGUACGAUACACCUUACGCAAACUAACUCGACGAACACGGACAAGACGGGUGCCUUCGUAACGCACGAUUUUUACGUCACACAGCAAAAGGACACAGAGCCGAGGGCUGCGGAUGCUUACAACCAGUAUUCCAAGGACGAUCCAUUGGUGGAUUUUGCGACAUUCUUCGACGAUGAAAGUUUGGAGCAGGAAGAUUUGUUCGUAACCCCAUUCCUCUCCUCCCUAGUACUUUGGUUCAACCUUGGCAUGCACCACCUCCCGCACACUGGUGACUUGCCCAACACAAUGUUCAGCUCUGCCCAUUCGGCCAUGCGACUGGAGCCACUCAACUACCUUGUGGGCGAUCCAUCUGUUUCCAGCAAUCAGCAAGUCAGGGUCGAAUACGACGCUGAGGGUGCUAUUACGAAUGUGGAUGAGUUUGGCAAGAUUUUUGCGAAUACAACUUGUGCUUGA